AUGUUGGUAUUAGGAUAUAGAAAAGCUGUUGGACUAGUGGAAAACUGUGUUCCCACAUCGUUGAGCAAUGAUCAAGAGAGCAAGGAAGGGCAGCAAGAACCAUGGUGCAAUAUUCCAAAAGAUCUUUUAGGUUUAAUAUCGUCAUACCUUGUCACUGACGACAGGGCAAUUUUUGGCGCUGUUUGUAGAACUUGGCAAUUGAUCACAAGUGCUUCUAGACCGCUUCCUUCACCUUUUGAUUAUGCAGAUUCUCCACCUCCAUGGCUGUGUUCGUUCCGUAAUGCUGGAAAUAACAUGGAGAGAUGCAAAUUCUUUCAUCCCAUGCAUAAUGAUGCUUAUGAGAUGAAAAUUAAUCCAGAAGUAUCGAAUGCUACGAUCUUAUUCUCAGGAUAUGGUUGGUUGCUACUUUCUAAGGGUUAUGGACAAUUAUUUUUGUUUGAUCUUAUCACAAAACAGAGCAUUGACCUUCCCGAUUGUUCUGAAGAUAUGGUAUCAGUGAUGUCAUUCACUUCUUCUCCGGCUUCUCCUGAUUGUUUGGUAGUUGGAUUAUCAUCUGUAAGUGAUAUAGCCACCUCCUUCACUUACAAACUCGGAGAAGAUAGUUGGAAUGUAUAUUUCAUUGAACUUGACAGACUAUUUCUUACGAAAGAUUGUUCUCCAGUUUUUCACAAGGGAUUAUUCUAUUGUUUGGACAGGAAAGGGUGUUUAAUAGAAUUCAAUCCUAAUGAACCUGACCAAAGUUGGGAUACUUAUAAAAUGCGCCUCCCUGAGCGAGAGUCAGCAGCUCAUCAAACUUUUAUGCUGGAAAAAGAAGAUAACUUGUUGGCUGUUUUGAUUACAGAGGAUUCAAAAAGUGUUCAUGUCUGUAAGUGGGAUGAUGAGGAGAAGAUGUUCCAGCCAAUAAAACGUUUAGGAGACUACAUGCUAUUCGUUAGUCAUGGUGCAUCAUGUUCCGAAAGGGCUAUUGUGAGAGCAACGGAUAAACCACCUUCUGCUCCAAAACGUGCCUAUUGUAUUGAGCUUCGGCUGGCAAUGGCAUACGGUGGGAGUUCCAAGGCAGGCGCUGGGACUUUCUGGGUUCAGAUUAGUACUUAG